AUGUCUUUAUCAUCAGCGAAUGAAUCUAUGCUUCAAGCAAUUGUUGAAAUUCUUCUGCCAUUAAAAUAUCAUAUUCCAGAGCUUUCAUUAGUAAUGGAUGGCAAGAAGCCAAAAGGAUCAGGUCGAUUUGGUUAUUCAGAUAUUUUUAUUUUAAAAGGAAUAGGAGAUAAUUAUAUUAGCUUAGAAUUAAAAUAUAUUUCAUUAGUUGGCUUAAUAAGAAAUCAGAUGUUUGGUGCAAAUGAAUUAGAAAACUUAGAUAAAAUUCUUGAAAAGGAAGAUGAAGAGAUUUUAUUAAAAAGAUCAUAUACAUAUUGGUCCAAAGAAUUUAAAAAAACAAACCAGACAACUAUAGGUGAGGUAUUAAAAAGUGGUAUAAGUCAAUUGGAAUCAUAUAUGAAUACAAUCUCAAAGGGAAAAGUUGCUAAUUAUUCCAGCUCAGGAGUACUUGAUGAACGUGUUAAAACAAUUAAAUCAAAUCCCAAUAAAUUGAAAGGUCAUCUUAGUGAUUGGUUUUCGUCGUAUUUUAUGGAAACCUGUUGA